GGCUCAAGUUCGGACAGCGGACAGUCUGAGCAGCUCGCGCGCUUGUUGUGCAUGCCGCGUGCGGAUGGAAGUGUAACCCCGCGAUGGUUGGGGACGAUACCAAGUCUGGGUAGCCUCCUUGGGAUCGUGGAGCAGGAGGAGAUCACCGAGAGUGCGGAGAAGGAUGAGCAGACUGCGCGAUUUGCUGUGGGUGAAUACGUCGAGUAUCACAGUGCAUCUGCAGGAUCUUGGAUUCCUGCAAAGAUUGUUGUGGUUCGCGAUGACGGCUUGUAUGAUCUUGACUGCAAACAGGAGGUGCCACCGACAAAAGUUCGGCCGGCAACUUUCACAAAGCCAGAUUUCGAGGUUGGUGCAAGCGUUGAGUACUUGAGCGACACCCAGGGGGUAUGGAUACCCGCCAGGGUGAAGAUGUAUAAUGCCAUGGCCGGUACCUACGACCUCGAUUGCAAGCAACAUGUGCCUCCACGCAGGAUCCGGCUGCCAGCCGUCAGCACUCGCCCACCGAGCCCGGAGGAGAAGCAGGAAGUAAGCGAUUCGAAAGAGGGCGGACUGGGAGAAACGGAAGAGGAGCUUGGGCCCCGGGUCUCCCACACCAGCACAUGUCCCGUCGAGCACUUACUGCCUCAACAGGAUGGGCCCAUCCAGCUUAUCAAAGUCUCCCGUCAUGGAACUUCUUGGCACUUUGAGUUGUGCCCGGAAGCGGUGAAGGUGCUCGAGGCCUGUGGUCAGGAGCAGCUCGCCGUAUGUACAGUCUGCGGUCCCUACCGCACAGGAAAGAGCUAUUUGCUGAACCUUCUCCUCGCACGCGGCCGACAGGGCAAUAGCCAGUUCCGUGUCGGCUCCACAACACGAGCCUGUACAGACGGCUUGUGGAUGUGGGGUUUUGGGCGUGUGCGAGGGGGCAAUUCUCCAAGCCUUCUGUUCUUAGACUGCGAGGGCUUUGGAAGCACAGAAUCCGACAAGACACGAGAUGCCAAGCUCAUGUCUCUUUGCAUGCAAUUAUCUUCUGUAUUCUUGCUCAACACCAAGGGUGUCCUGAGCGAGAGUCUAUUUGGUGCGCUGUCCCUCGUGUGCAAUAUGGCGGAGCAUUUCGAGGAACAAGAAACGAGCAAGCCGGCGCUCCUGUGGGUGUUGCGCGACUUCCUUCUCGAGCUGAUGGAUGACGGCAAGCGGCUGACACCGGAUGAGUACUUGGAGUCGACCCUGCACAAGAAGCCUCCCGACGGGGUGGACCCAAAGCGAUCAGAAGCUGCCCGAGAGGUGCGAGAGAAUCUGCUGAGGUUCUUUCCGCAUCGUCAGUGUGCCACGCUUUGUCAGCCGGCCAUCGACGAGCAACAGCUCCGGGAGCUGCCAGAGGUGCCCUUCGAAAAGCUGCGAAAGGAGUUUAGAAACGCUUUUCAAGAGCUUCAGACACGACUUUUUCGCUUGACAGACUCUCCGAAGACUAUUGGAGGCCAACCUAUUUGCGUGUCUCAGUGGACAGAGAUGUUACGCAAGCUAGUGUGCUGCUUGAAUGAGGGCCAAGCCAUGCGAGUUGACGAUUCCUGGGCGCAGGUGGAGCACAAUAGCUGUGGCGAUCUCGUGUCUGAGUUGCGCGAACGAGCUUCUAGCGAGCUUCAGAAGGUACGGCAGGGCGGCCCAUUUCCCAUCCCUGGGGGUCGGCCAUUGCCCGUCUCAGACACAGUCCUGGUGUCCAGUCUCAAAGAAUGCCGAAGGGCCAUCCGCGAGGAGUUCCGUAGCCGUGCGGUGGGUGGGGAGAUGGUCAAAGCUUCCUACUGGAAGGAGCUGAAAGCAGCACUCCAAGAGGACGAGCAAUUUCUUCGGCAUCUCAACGCCGAGUUGGCAGAGGCAUCCUUGCGCCAAGCAGGAGCGGACUGGACCGCUUGGCUUUCUCAAGACGAGGCCUCGGCAGCAGAUCCCCAGCCAGAAUCUUUGCUGAAGGCCUUCGGUUCGGACCUUCCGGCACAGCCUCUGGCGCGUGCUGCCUGGGAUGCCGUCAGUUCUGCCCGUAUGGCAAGGUUGAAAGCCGAUGGUAUGCUCGAAGCUUCCAAGGCUCAACUCAAGCUUGUCACAGAAGAGUUGGAGAGCAAGGCAAUGCUGGCUGCAGCUGCAUCGAAGCAGGCCAUGCUGGCUGCUGAAAAAUCGAAGCUAGCCGAAGGAGAGCAGCUGGAGAAGAAUCGCGCAAUGGGCCAACUGCAAAGCCAGGUGGAGGCUCUUCAACAGCAGGUCCGAGACUUCAUCGAGCGUGAAAGAACUCUCAAAGGGGACUUUAUCGAGCGUGAGAGGGCUCUCAAGGAGCAGGUUCUACAGGCAGAGCAGUCCCUGCGGAAAGAGCAGCAUGAGAGGAGUGAGGUCGGCCGUGAAUCAGAGCAACGAAUUCAAGAGCUGCAAUCACAAGUAGCUGAACUUCGGUCCGAAGUUCUACAGUUGCAGGAGUGGAGGCAUGAGACCUCCGCAUCUCCAAGGGAUACUACCCGGCCGAAAUGCACCUGUAGCAUCAUGUAA